AUGGUCCACUGCGCCGGCUGCGAGAGGCCUAUACUGGACCGGUUUCUCCUCAACGUGCUGGACAGAGCUUGGCACGUCAAGUGCGUGCAGUGCUGCGAGUGUAAAUGUAAUUUGACAGAGAAAUGUUUUUCUCGAGAAGGGAAACUGUACUGCAAAAAUGAUUUCUUUAGGCGGUUCGGCACGAAGUGCGCGGGUUGCUCGCAGGGCAUUUCUCCAAACGACUUGGUCCGGAGGGCCCGGAGCAAAGUGUUUCACCUCAACUGCUUCACCUGCAUGAUGUGCAAUAAGCAGCUCUCCACCGGAGAGGAGCUCUACAUCAUAGACGAGAAUAAAUUUGUUUGCAAAGACGAUUACCUAAGCAACACGAGUGUAAAAGACACCAACCUCCUCUCAGUAACGGCAUGCAGCGAUCCAAGUCUAUCGCCGGACUCUCAAGACCAGCUACAGGACGAUGUAGGCCUAAAGGACUCAGAAAUAGCCACUCUGUCUGACAAGGAAACGGGUAAUAUUGAAAACGAUGACCAGAACCUGGGGGGAAAGCGACGCGGACCUCGGACCACCAUCAAGGCCAAGCAGCUGGAGACGUUGAAGGCAGCAUUCGCUGCAACACCCAAGCCCACCAGACACAUCAGGGAGCAGCUGGCCCAGGAGACCGGCCUGAACAUGAGAGUCAUCCAGGUCUGGUUUCAGAACCGGCGGUCCAAAGAGAGACGCAUGAAGCAGCUGAGCGCGCUGGGCGCCCGGAGGCACGCGUUUUUCCGCAGCCCGAGGCGGAUGAGGACGCUGGUGGACCGGCUGGAGCCCGGAGAGCUCAUCCCCAACGGGCCCUUCUCCUACUACGGAGAUUAUCAAAGCGAGUACUACGGCCCGGGAGGGAACUAUGACUUCUUCCCUCAGGGACCUCCGUCGUCACAGGCCCAGACCCCAGUAGACCUCCCCUUCGUGCCCUCCUCGGGCCCCACGGGCACCCCCCUUGGAGGCAUGGACCACCCCCUGCCGGGCCACCACCCCUCCAGCGAGGUGCAGCGCUUCUCCGACAUCAUGUCCCACCACCCGGGGGACUCUCCCAGCCCGGAGCCCGGCAUCCCGGGGCCCCUGCACAGCAUCUCCUCCGAGGUGUUCGGCCCGAGUCCGCCCUUUACCUCACUGUCACUGAACGGCAGCGGAUACAACAACCACCUGUCUCACCCCCCCUCGGAAAUGAACGAGGGCACCGUCUGGUAG